AUGGAACCAAUGGAUUUCCAGCUUAUGCCGUACAAAUGGCUUAACGAAGCGGCAAUCUUCAACAAAAACAACGAAAAGAUACCGAUCGAGUGGCUCGAGACGAACGCGGACGUAAUCGCCCUUCUCUUCACAACCUACGGCGUAGACAAGGAUGGAAUCAUCGAGAAAUUCUAUGAAAUAUAUGAAAACGUCAAGUUCGUGAACCUUCCUAUCGAAGUUAUCUUCGUAACGAUGGACGAGACGGAACAAGACUUCGAUCGUGCAUACGAGAGCCAAGCGAAUUGGUUUACUCUUAAAUUUUCUGAUCCCCUGGUACCUGUGCUCAAAUAUAUGUACGAAAUCACGUGUGUUCCUAGUUUGGUCGUGAUAAAAUUUGAUGGUACCAUCAUAACUAAGCAUGGAAUUGUGGAUCUAGAGACAUAUGGAAAAAAUGCUGUGAUCACUUGGGUUUCCAGAACCACGGCCAUUAAAAGUCACAGAAAGUUAAGCAAGGAACUUAAUAUGUAUGGUGAUAAGUGGAAGUACAUGAACCUAGUUCCCAAUGCGACUUCUAAGCCUGAAAUAUUGUUAAAGAAAAAAUAUCAACGAAAAUUUAGUAACAUAGAUGAUGGAAUUUCAAAACCUACAUAA